CCCCCCCCCCGCCCCGCCCGGACCCCCCCCGCCCCGCCCGGUCCCGCCCGGUGCCGCCGCUCCCCGCUCCGGUGCCCGCUCCGCUGCCGCCGCGCCAUGAGCAGCUCCCAGUUCAACAAGGGGCCGUCCUACGGCCUCUCCGCCGAGGUCAAGAACCGGCUCGCCCAGAAGUACGACCCACAGAAGGAGGCAGAGCUGCGGACGUGGAUCGAGAGUGUCACCGGGCAGCAGAUCGGGCCGGAUUUCCAGAAGGGGCUGAAGGAUGGAGUCAUCCUCUGCGAGCUGAUGAACAAGCUGCAGCCCAACGCGGUGCGGAAGAUCAACCGCUCGGCUCAGAACUGGCACCAGCUCGAGAACCUCUCCAACUUCAUCAAGGCCAUGGCCAGCUACGGCAUGAACCCCGUGGACCUCUUCGAAGCCAACGACUUGUUUGAGAGCGGGAACCUGACGCAGGUGCAGGUGUCGCUGCUGGCGCUGGCGGGCAUGGCCAAGACGAAGGGGAUGCAGAGCGGCGUGGACAUCGGCGUCAAGUACUCGGAGAAGCAGCAGCGGAAUUUUGACGAGGCCAAGAUGAAGGCCGGGCAGUGCGUGAUCGGGCUGCAGAUGGGCACCAACAAGUGCGCCAGCCAGUCGGGCAUGACGGCCUACGGCACCCGGCGGCACCUCUACGACCCCAAGAACCAGAUCCUGCCCCCCAUGGACCACUCCACCAUCAGCCUGCAGAUGGGCACCAACAAGUGUGCCAGCCAGGUGGGCAUGACGGCGCCCGGCACCCGGCGGCACAUCUACGACGCCAAGAUGGGGCUGGAGAAGUGCGACAACUCCUCCAUGUCCCUGCAGAUGGGCUCCAACCAGGGCGCCAACCAGAGCGGGCAGGUCUUCGGGCUGGGCCGCCAGAUCUACGACCCCAAAUACUGCCCCCAGGGCACCCAGCCCGAGGGGGGCGACGCCGCCUGCGAGCCGGGCGCGGACCCCCCCGGGUACCACUACUACCGCCAGGAGGAGAGCUGCUGAGCGGGGCCGUCCCGCGCCCCCCCGCCACCUCCCAGCCUCUCAGCAUCAUUCCCUCUUUUUAUUUUUUUUUUAUUUUUAACUAUUUUCGUGUUAAUUUUAAAAAUGAAUUAUUUUUCCGAGCGGAGAAGCGAUGCCGCCGGCGCUCCAGAAGGGGCUGGCGGUGCUGAGCCCCGGUGCUGGGAGCAGCGCCCUGCCCAGAGCCCAAACUGGAAAUUGAUUUUUUUUUGUUGGUUUUUGGAGAACUUUUUGGGGACCAAGUGCCCCCCGCCUCCAGCCCAGCCCGGGGAGGGGGGUCCCAGUGCCGCCAGGUACCCACAGCCUGGCUGCGCCCAGCCGCUGGCACAAAGCCACUGGUGGUGCUGGGAGCUACUGGGAGUUACUGGGAGUUACUGGGAGGUACUGGGAGCUGCCUGCGGCUGAGCCCCGCGGCCGCAUCCUGCAGCGGGGGGCUCGGGCUGUGGGUGGGGGGCUUCUUCCAGCCGCGGGGGGGUUUAAUGCAGAUGCUCUUAUAUUGAAACGGUGUUCUUUUUUAUAUAAAUUAAACAAAAAUAGAAAAAAAA